UUAUCAGUUUGCCACUAAAUUCGAGAACAUAAAACUCAGUUUAUUGUCAACGCUGUCAACGUCAACAACUGUUCACAGCGUGCAUUUUAUUUCUCACUCUCUCCCUCACUGCUUUUAUUUAUACGCACUUCGGCAUACUAUCGAUAUGAUUGCAAUAAAAGUUCUAAUAUUCUUGAAUUUAUUUUAUUGCUUUGCGUCAAUUAAUAGCCAAGCAGGCGCAAGCUCAACAGCACCAGCAGUAGAUGGGGCUAUUAAAAUUCAAUUUGUCGACGAGCAGGGAAAAAUUACAGUGGAAGGCGUAAGAAAUAAGAGCUGGACUGGUGAUGAAUACUUUGCGUUUCGUGGCAUACCUUACGUGAAGCCGCCAAUUGGAGAAUUGAGAUUUAAGGAUCCGCAACCACUUGAUGAGCUACCAUCAUUGAUAAAUGCACGUCAGGAUGGACACGACUGUCCCUCUAUCUACGCCACAAACGCAUCAGAGAAUUGCCUCACGCUGAAUAUUUAUACGCCAAGUACCAUUGCAACCGCCUCCUUGCCAGUUCUCCUCUUCAUUCAUCCGGGUGGGCUUUAUAUCGGAUCGUCGCUGAGUACCUUAAUUAGCCCCACUUAUCUGCUUUCCAAACCCAUGGUUGUUGUAACAUUCAACUACCGUCUCGGCACACUCGGCUUCCUUCAGCUUGGCACACGCGAAAUACCCGGUAAUGCCGGCUUUAAAGACCAAGUACACGCGCUACGUUGGGUAGCAAAGUACAUACAGCACUUUGGAGGCAACCCCAAAGACGUCACACUAAUGGGUUACAGCGCUGGUGCAUUGAGUGUCAGCUUGCAUCUGGUAUCGCCCAUGUCGCAGGGUCUUUUCCACAAAGCGAUCAUAAUGAGUGGCUCAUUGCCACCACAAACGCCACUGCCGCAGCGAGCACAAUUGGAACUAAUGCGUAAACAAGCGCGCGCGCUGAAUUGCAGCGAGGUAGUGGAGGGGGAAGCAGAGAUUUUAAAUUGUUUGCAGAAAUUUAGCGGUAAUGAAAUUGCUGCCACACUACGACGCCUCUUCACAUUCGGCAAGGAUAAUCCCAUUUAUAUUUAUCUGCCUGUGAUUGAAAAUGAUUUUGGUCAAGCACGUUUUCUCACGGAAACGCCUAUGGAGAGUUUGCAACGCGGCGCGUUUGCUAAGGUGCCUAUUUUGUUGGGUUUUACGAAUGGUGAAUUUUGUCAAUCUGCUGUGGAUAUCGUAAGAAAUGAACGAUUAAGGCAUCGGUUUUAUGAAGAGUUUGAACAGUUGGCACCUGAAAUAUUUAUGUAUGCAGGUCACAAAGGCAAUUUGAGUGAAGCUAGCGUGACACUUAGAGAUUAUUACUUGCCUCGUUUUAGUGGAUUGGAAUCGAGCGACAUAGCACGGCUGUGCGACUUCUUUUCAGAUGCAAUUAUACGCUUCGGUGCUCAACGUUUGGCGGAGUUAGCCGCUCCACAUACAAAAGUUUUUCCCUACAGCUUUGAAUUCAGAGGAGAGUUUAGUAAUCUGGACUAUAAUGUGAAACCAGCACGCGUUGAACACAUGGAUGAUCUGAUGUAUUUAUUCGAAAUGCCCGCCAGUUCCUUUAAACAUUCCGUGUCAAAUGCAGCAAUGAUACGACAGUACACAAAAUUUAUAUAUGAUUUUGUGAAAAAGGGCUCUCUACUUAUUGGACAACUGCCGACAUAUCCUACCGGGUAUACUAAAAUUUACAGAACUUUGGAGUUCCAGCCGGGAACUUUUCUUGCCAAUGAUACCUAUGAUAUGUGGAAGCGUCUGUUUUUGUAUGUAGAAUGAUUACAAACAAUUAAAUAUAAGAAGAAAAAAUAAAUAAAAAUGCUGAAGUUACUUUUUACGACUGCUCGUUCAACUUUUAAAAUAAAAUAGUAUGCAUAAAUUUUAUUUUC